UCUCCUACCUCAAUCCACAACCCCAACCCUCCGCUUCUCGACAUUUUCGUGAACUUCACCUUCACGACUGAAAACCGUCGACCGUCGUCCACUUCCGCUCUUUCCCCUCCACCACCGCUACACUCCCCCGUCCGCAGGCGUAAACAGUGCAAGAUGACUAUCCGGUUUCAAGGAAUAUCGAUGCGGGGCAAUGCCCUGGUCAAACUCGUGCUAGUCAACAGAUUCACCGGCCUCGGCCGCCACAACGCGGAGCGGAUCUGCGCAAAGCUGGGCUUUUACCCGCGCAUGCGCGCGCACCAGCUGCAGGAGCCGGAUCUGCUCGCGCUCGCAAAGGAACUGCAGGGCUACACCGUCGGCGAAGCAUACACCAACUCUGUGCGCGACAAUAUCAGAUCGAAGAGAAUUAUUGGUACUUUUGCUGGUCGUCGCCAUGCUCUUGGAUACCCCGUGAAGGGACAGCGGACAAAGAACAACGGUUUGACCGCCCGAAGACACAACAGAGGCCAAUGGGACACAGAAAAGCGCAAAUUCACAACUCUUCGACAACUCGACCUCGCUCCGUCCGUGUCCACCGUCGUCGGAACCUGGGCUGUCAACGCUGCUGUGCGGGCAAAGGUCCUGGUCGACAAGAUCAGGUUUUGGUGAAAAUACCGGCGGGAGAGGAGCUCGCGUGGCAUUGUACAUACUACAUACAUAACAUAACGACCGGAGAUAUCUAUCGCACAGCGCAAGAAAUCAUGUUUGUAUAAUAAUAAUACUACAAGACGUCUAUGACCUCGACAUAAGCUAGAAGUGUAU